AUGAGCGGUGCUCCUCAAAACGCAUCUGGAGGAUACUCAGGAUCGAAUCGCGGAGACAGAGGUCCACCAAGAUCAUUCGAAGAUCGCGCCGUCGCCAAAGAACAGAUGAUGCAAUCAGUGCGAGAGUCCUCUCAGCAGGACCGUCGAGUCUAUGUCGGUAACUUGGCAUACGACGUCAAGUGGCACCAUUUGAAAGAUUUCAUGAGACAAGCUGGAGAAGUUCUCUUCGCUGAUGUUUUAUUACUUCCUAAUGGAAUGUCGAAGGUGGGCGCAAUCGUAAUCGUGGAAUAUGCAACCCGAGAUCAAGCUCAAAAUGCUAUCAGUACUCUCAGCAACCAAACUCUCAUGGGUCGUCUCGUUUACGUCCGCGAAGAUCGCGAGACCGAACCUCGAUUCACUGGCCCACCAUCCCGUGGCGACUUCGGUGGCGGCGGCGGCUUCCGUGGUGGCUACGGUGGUGGCGGCUAUGGUGGAGGUCAUGGUGGCAUGGGUGGUGGUGGCGGCGGCGGUGGCCGCCAGCUCUACAUCUCUAACCUCCCCUUCAAUGUAGGCUGGCAAGAUCUCAAGGAUCUCUUCCGUCAAGCUGCUCAAGAAGGUGGUGUCAUUCGCGCCGACGUCCACCAAGACCAGACAGGCCGCCCCAAGGGAACCGGUAUCGUCGCCUUCGAGUCCCCGAACGAUGCUCGCAACGCUAUUCAGCAGUUCAACGGCUACGACUGGCAGGGUCGUGCCCUCGAGGUUCGCGAAGAUCGCUAUGCUGGCGGUGGUGGUGGAUUUGGUGGCCGCGGAGGAUACGGAGGAGGCUUUGGCGCCCGAGGUGGCUUCGGCGGCGGAUUUGGAGGACGAGGUGGUUUCGGCGGACGAGGCGGCUAUGGUGGUGGGUUUGGAGGUCGCGGAGGAUAUGGAGGCGGCGGUGGGGGCUAUGGUGGUGGUGGUGGUGGUGGUGGUGGUGGUGGCGGUGCUCCUGCGAUGGAGCCAGCUGCACCCAAUCCGUUCACCGACUUCGCCACCGGAGGAGGCGAGCACUCCGAUACGAUCUACGUUCGCAAUCUGCCCUGGUCGACCAGCAACGAGGAUCUAGUGGAACUCUUCACCACCAUCGGCAAGGUCGAGCGCGCUGAGAUCCAAUACGAACCCAACGGUCGCUCCAAGGGUGCUGGCGUCGUCCAAUUCGACAGCGCUGAGAACGCCGACACUGCCAUCUCCAAAUUCACCAACUACCAAUAUGGCGGCCGUCCUCUGGGUCUCUCCAAUGUUCGCUACACCAACGCGAACGGCGGCGAAGCCAUGGAGGGUCAAGAGGCCACCGGCGGCGCCUCUCAGGAUCAGAUGAUGUGA